GGCAAGAGAGAAACCGUGACGGGUCGGGGAUCCACCCCGGCUACCCGGCCCGGGGUAUAUCACAUCUAAGAGUGCUCAUCAAAAUUAACAAAAUCAUUUAGUUUUUGACAAACAGUUGAAUAGAGGCCUGUGUAUUGAUUAGAUUAGAAGAUUUGAAAACAGGAUUUUAUUUCUAAUCUAAACCAGCUGUUGGAUGCAAGUAGACUCAGAUCGGCGCAGAAUGACGAUUGGACGAGAACUAGAAAGAAGGGAGCUCGAAAGACGAGAAUUGGAAGGACGAGACGAGAUGGACGAGGAGAUCAAUGUUGAUCUAGUGGACGACAUCAAGGAGGAGAAGGACGGGGACGAGAGUCCUGAUAUGGAAUACAGUUUACAAAGACGAAAGCAGCGACGAUACAGGACGACCUUCACCUCCCUACAGCUGGACGAACUAGAGAAAGCAUUCUCUCGGACACAUUACCCAGACGUUUUUACCAGGGAAGAAUUAGCCAUGAAAAUAGGACUUACUGAAGCCAGGAUACAGGUUUGGUUUCAGAACCGGAGAGCUAAAUGGAGAAAACAGGAGAAGGUUGGACCCAACGGACUACCCUACUCCCCCUACCCUCAGUCCAUGGGACUAGGGUCCAGUUUACCGUCUUCGAUGUCAAAUCCGUACGCGUCCCUUCUCCCGCGUCGAAGCUUCGAACAUCCCCUCUCCUCCGUUCUACCAAGUUCGAGUCCUGGUCCAGGGUUGACAUCAAGUUCGAAAUCAUUGCUCAAUAGUAUUCCGUCCUUUCUUCCUCCCGGCCUGUCCCACAUGUCCUCUCUUCACCGUCCUCAGUUUCUUCAUCCUAUGUUCCAACCGUCCUUUCAACAGCUUCUAGCAGGACUAUCAGCAGUUCGUCCUAGGCUGGAUAUACCGGACUAUUCUUUUCUCUUGGGUUCUCUUCCGUCUACCACGCAUUCGUCCUCAUCCCUUCUCAGCACUCUAGCAACGUCCUCGCUUCCUCCUUCUCAUCCGUUCUCUGUAUCAUCUCUCUUCAAUCCUUCUCCUCCUCCUCCUCCCUCCUCCUCUUCUCUCCUCUCCCCCUCCUCUCUCUCCUCCGCCUCACAAUCUCCGCCAACGGAGCGCGAACGGAGAAUUGAUUCCAUCGCUUCCUUGCGAAUGAAAGCUCUUCAAGAAUCUGAAACCAAAUCCUAGAAUGAUAUCCCGUCCUUGCUUGUCUUUGCUUUAAAAUUUAAUGGUGUCUAAUUGUAAAAAAUGAAAAUAAACUAUUUAAGUAUAA